CAGCAGUGGUAGCAGUAGCAGCAGCAGCAGCAGUGGCAGCAGAGCGCUGCCCUUUUGAAGGCGUUCCAUUGGGUGUAUUGGUGCUCCACAUAGACGCGUACGCCAUUCGAUUACCAAUCGCCGAUCGACCGUUAGUUGGCCAGAGUCGGUUCGGGUAAAGUACUUGCAUUCGUUGCUUGUCGCUUGUCGCUGGCGGCUGAUGUGUGUGUGGUGCUUGGAAAUACUGGAAAUAGAAAUCUUAUCGCUUUAUCGUGCUGAGAAAGUGGAUUAUCGAUUAACAAACGAACGCAGUGAGCGAUAAGCGCACAAACCACAAACUUCAAAUAGUUCAAUGUUUAGUUGCUGCUUACACUUGUCGCCAGCUUUUGAGUGCUAGCCAUGGCCAUUAAAGUCAAAGUCCCAACCACUGCGCAGAUUGAGGAGCUGCGACAGCGCUUCAAUACAAAAUACGCCGAGGCGCCGCCUACAGUCCCCUUUCAUCCCGUCGACCUCGAUCGGAUACGAAACGACCAUGUUUGGCUGCAACGUUUUCUCGAAAUGUACGAUCUGGAUAUGGAGACAUCCUUUACGAAGCUUUGGGAUACGUGCAUUUGGCGUCAGUCAUACGGCGCAAAUGAUUUGACUGAGGCCAAGCUCAACCAGCAGUAUCUGAAUGAGGGCUCUGUGUUCGUGCAUAGCCACGAUGUGGAUGGCAAGCCGUUGCUCAUAUUUCGCGUCAAGUUGCAUAGCAAGUCAAAGAAUCUGGAUGAAUUGAUACGCAUUGUGGUCUACUGGGUGGAGCGAAAGCAGCGCGAGACUCAUUUGACCCAGCUGAGCAUAUUCUUUGACAUGGCCGGCACGGGUUUGGCCACAAUGGAUCUGGACUUUGUCAAGCGUAUUGUGGAGACAUUUAAGCUCUACUAUCCCAAUUCGCUUAAUUACAUACUGGUCUUCGAGCUGGCUUGGGUGUUGAAUGCCGCUUUCAAGGUCAUUAAGACGCUGCUGCCACCCAAAGCGGUUGAGAUAUUGAAAAUGAUAUCAAAGAAGGACGUCACUCAGUAUGUGCCCAAGGACAAUUGUCUGGUCAGCUGGGGAGGCAGCGACAACUACGAGUUUCAAUUUGUCCCAGAGCCCAAACGUGCGCUAGCCAAGCCGAAAGCUGCCAAUGCCGGUGACGACGACCAGCCCCACGAUGAAAUAGGUUUGGAUAAGAAGGUUACCUUCUGCAAUAGCGUUCGUAUGGCGCCCCACGAUUCAAGCAACGGCAAGCUUCAUACGCCCUCGGAUUUGGUAAUGUUGCAAUUGGAGCCCAAGGAAUUUGUAAAUAUUUGCAAAGAUAAUGGGGAAGCAAAGGUGUCUCUGAGAAACAUUUGCAAUAAGCCGGUGGUCUAUAAGAUACAAACAACAUCACCAGAAAAGUUUCGCGUGCGUCCCCGUUGUGGUAUAAUACCCCCAAAUGAAUCAACCGAAGUGAACAUUUGGCUUAAAUCUGAUCAGAUCCUGGACAGCGAUGGAAAAGACAAAUUCCUUGUUAUGGCAGCUUGCACUUCAGAAACCGAAUGCAGCUCACAAGCUGUAGCAGACAUGUGGAGAACGAAAUGUUCAACAGACCCAGAUGUGGAAACCUUCCGUCUCGUAUGUCGUAUGGACGAGAAAUCCGAGAGUGCAAAAAAUGCAAACAUGAAGAGCGAUGGCAGUAGUAGUGAAUUUGGUGUAGACAAAUUACAGGAGCAAACCCAAAAAAUGGAAGCUCAGUUGAAGUUUACAAAUCAUUUACAAUAUGCCACUUUGGCUCUAAUAUUGUUGCUGUUUAUUGGGUUCGGUUUUCUUAUGUACGAGCAGAUGAUAAAACACUCGCCAGCUGGCGGAAGUUGCCGUAAAGCCCCAGCAUACACGUGUCCCAAACGUAAAUAAUAUUUACUGUCUCAAUGCAAUCUGACCUUGAGAGACGAUGCCACUGCCAGCCACGACCAACAUAAUCAGAACAACAAAAACAAGAACAACAACAAUAAUAAUAAUAUUAACAAAAUUAACAAUGACCAUAAUCUGCAUAAGGAGAGCUGCAUUUGUGACCUAAGCCUCGGUUUGGACUACACGGAUGAUGACAUCCAGUGCUUGGAGACAUUACUAUUGGCUCAUCUGCAAUUGUCGGUGCGAAAUAGUCAAGGCAUUGGCGGUCAAAUGGGCGGCGGUGUCGCUAACGGCGGUCAUCUUCUUGGUCUUAUUGCAUUCGCACGCAAAAUAGCGCGUGUGAUCCUAUCGCUUUCCGUAGUUUGCUGUAUUCUAUUCUUAAGCUUCUAUUUGGGUUGCAAUUAUGAUGGCCAAAAUGAUGACGGUGGUGCUCCAAGCCAUUCAACAACCGCAAUAGAAGCAACAACAGCUCUGUCGAUGGAUGCGACUACAGCGAUCAACUAUGCAUCGACACCCGGCACUGACCCAGCCGAUUCAUAUUUUAUGUAGUUGGCAAAUAUCUAUAUCUU